CGCCGCGCCUCGCCUCGCCCCGUCGGCCUGGCUCUAUCCCCACCUCUAGUGAAGGAGAGAUUGUGCCCCUCCCCGACCCCCCACCCAGGGCGAGCCGCGUGGAGUCGUUGGACUGGGCAGAACUUUGGCAGGCAAGGAGAGAAACAGCCACACCGGGCUGCCGGGCAAGAGAAGAAGGAGGAAGGGCCAGAUACCCGGGCGUCGCGCCGCUGCGGAAGGAUUCCGUUUCCUGCGGGGGGCGGAGGGAUUUGACAGCACAGUAACUUCCGGAAAAGUCCUGACCCUCGGAGGAAAAGCCUUGCAAGAAACAAUAACAAACGGGAGGAGGAAGCGGUUCUGGUGUGUCUGUGUUGAGCGGUUCUUGUCCGCGAAGAUGCGCCUCGGCCCCUGUCAGGGGACGUGAACGGGCUCAGUGGGCUUCAGCCAGCUUUUCUCCACCGGUUCCCCACGGGGACCCCCCCCCGGCCGCUGCAAUGGCGGGCGUGGGGCCGGGGGGCUACGCGGCCGAGUUCGUGCCGCCCCCGGAGUGCCCCGUCUUUGAGCCGAGCUGGGAGGAGUUCACAGAUCCGCUCAGCUUUAUCGGCCGCAUCCGGCCUUUGGCGGAGAAAACCGGCAUCUGCAAAAUUCGGCCGCCCAAGGACUGGCAGCCUCCAUUCGCCUGUGAAGUAAAAAGCUUUCGUUUCACUCCAAGAGUCCAGCGCCUGAAUGAACUUGAGGCAAUGACCAGAGUGAGACUGGAUUUCUUGGAUCAGCUAGCAAAAUUUUGGGAGCUUCAAGGAUCUACUCUGAAGAUCCCUGUGGUAGAGAGAAAAAUCCUGGAUCUCUAUGCUUUGAGCAAGAUUGUUGCCAGCAAAGGAGGUUUUGAAAUGGUCACCAAAGAGAAGAAAUGGUCUAAAGUGGGUAGUCGCUUGGGGUAUCUGCCAGGAAAAGGAACUGGGUCUCUUUUGAAGUCACAUUAUGAAAGAAUUCUCUACCCGUAUGAGCUUUUCCAGUCUGGCGUGAGCCUUAUGGGUGUGCAGAUGCCUAAUUUAGAUCUUAAAGAAAAAGUGGAGCCUGAGGUUCUCAUCACUGAUACCCAAACUUCCCCAGAGCCAGGCACAAGAAUGAACACUCUGCCGAAGAGAACAAGACGUGUGAAGUCUCAGUCAGAAUCUGGAGAUGUGAAUAGAAACACGGAAUUGAAGAAACUUCAGAUUUUUGGGGCUGGGCCCAAGGUUGUGGGCCUGGCAAUGGGAACAAAAGAUAAAGAAGAUGAGGUCACCCGAAGACGAAAAGUUACCAACAGGUCAGACGCAUUUAACAUGCAAAUGAGACAACGGAAAGGCACUCUCUCUGUUAACUUUGUUGAUCUCUAUGUUUGUAUGUUUUGUGGUCGGGGAAACAAUGAAGAUAAGUUGCUUUUGUGUGACGGAUGUGAUGACAGCUAUCAUACAUUUUGUCUAAUUCCUCCACUACCUGAUGUGCCCAAAGGAGACUGGAGGUGUCCUAAAUGUGUCGCUGAGGAAUGUAGCAAACCUCGAGAAGCCUUUGGAUUUGAACAAGCUGUACGAGAGUAUACACUUCAGAGCUUUGGAGAGAUGGCAGAUAAUUUUAAGUCUGAUUAUUUUAAUAUGCCAGUCCAUAUGGUUCCCACAGAACUAGUAGAAAAGGAAUUUUGGCGGCUGGUAAGCAGCAUUGAAGAAGAUGUUAUCGUGGAAUAUGGGGCAGAUAUCUCCUCAAAAGACUUUGGAAGUGGAUUUCCGGUGAAGGACGGGCGGAGAAAGAUGCUGCCAGAAGAAGAGGAAUAUGCACUUUCUGGUUGGAAUUUGAAUAACAUGCCUGUCCUGGAACAGUCUGUUCUUGCGCAUAUUAAUGUGGACAUCUCUGGCAUGAAAGUGCCAUGGCUUUAUGUGGGAAUGUGUUUCUCUUCUUUUUGCUGGCACAUUGAAGAUCACUGGAGUUAUUCCAUCAACUACUUGCACUGGGGGGAGCCAAAGACAUGGUAUGGUGUGCCAUCUCAUGCUGCAGAACAGCUGGAGGAGGUGAUGAGAGAGCUGGCCCCUGAGUUAUUUGAAUCCCAGCCUGAUCUUCUGCAUCAGUUAGUCACCAUCAUGAACCCCAAUGUGCUGAUGGAGCAUGGUGUGCCUGUGUACAGGACCAAUCAGUGUGCUGGCGAGUUUGUUGUGACCUUUCCUCGUGCCUAUCACUCUGGAUUUAACCAGGGCUACAACUUUGCUGAAGCUGUGAACUUCUGUACUGCUGACUGGUUGCCCAUUGGACGUCAGUGUGUGAAUCAUUACCGACGCCUAAGGCGCCAUUGUGUCUUUUCACAUGAGGAACUCAUUUUCAAGAUGGCAGCAGAUCCAGAAUGCUUAGAUGUGGGGCUGGCUGCCAUGGUCUGCAAAGAAUUGACUCUCAUGACUGAGGAAGAAACACGAUUAAGAGAGUCUGUUGUACAGAUGGGUGUCCUGAUGUCAGAAGAAGAAGUGUUUGAACUUGUUCCUGAUGAUGAGCGACAGUGUUCAGCAUGCAGAACCACAUGUUUUCUCUCUGCUCUCACAUGCUCCUGUAAUCCUGAGCGGCUUGUAUGUCUCUACCAUCCAACUGAUCUGUGCCCCUGCCCCAUGCAGAAGAAAUGUCUUAGAUACCGCUACCCAUUAGAAGACCUCCCUUCUCUGCUAUAUGGUGUAAAAGUCAGGGCGCAGUCCUAUGACACGUGGGUCAGUCGUGUUACAGAAGCAUUGUCUGCUAACUUCAACCACAAAAAAGAUUUGAUUGAAUUGCGAGUAAUGCUGGAAGAUGCUGAGGAUAGGAAAUACCCAGAGAAUGACCUCUUUCGAAAACUCAGGGAUGCUGUAAAAGAAGCUGAGACCUGUGCUUCUGUGGCUCAGCUGCUUCUGAGCAAAAAGCAGAAACACAGACAGAGCCCAGAUAGUGGGAGGACUCGGACCAAACUGACAGUGGAAGAAUUGAAGGCCUUUGUCCAACAACUUUUUAGUCUUCCGUGUGUCAUCAGCCAAGCUCGGCAAGUGAAGAAUCUGCUAGAUGAUGUGGAAGAGUUUCAUGAACGUGCUCAGGAGGCCAUGAUGGAUGAAACCCCAGAUUCUUCCAAACUCCAAAUGUUGAUAGAUAUGGGCUCUAGUCUGUAUGUGGAACUCCCUGAAUUACCACGACUGAAGCAAGAGCUGCAACAGGCUCGGUGGUUGGACGAAGUAAGACUGACCUUAUCAGAUCCACAGCAAGUCACUUUGGAUGUCAUGAAGAAACUGAUAGACUCUGGGGUAGGGUUGGCACCCCACCAUGCUGUGGAGAAAGCAAUGGCUGAACUACAGGAGCUCCUUACAGUCUCUGAACGAUGGGAAGAAAAGGCUAAGGUCUGCCUACAGGCAAGACCACGGCACAGUGUGGCAAGUUUAGAAAGCAUUGUGAAUGAAGCCAAGAACAUUCCAGCCUUUCUACCCAAUGUGUUGUCCUUGAAAGAAGCCUUACAAAAGGCUCGAGAAUGGACAGCUAAAGUGGAAGCUAUUCAGAGUGGCAGCAACUACGCUUAUUUGGAACAGCUUGAGAGCUUGUCUGCGAAAGGACGCCCUAUCCCUGUGCGCCUUGAAGCACUGCCGCAAGUGGAAUCUCAGGUGGCAGCAGCACGGGCAUGGAGAGAACGGACUGGGCGGACCUUUCUUAAGAAGAAUUCUAGCCAUACGUUGUUACAGGUGCUGAGCCCCCGGACUGACAUUGGUGUAUAUGGGAGUGGCAAAAAUAGGAGGAGAAAAGUAAAAGAACUGAUAGAAAAAGAAAAAGAAAAGGAUCUGGACCCCGAGCCUCUGAGUGAUCUGGAGGAGGGAUUGGAGGAAACCAGAGAUACAGCCGUGGUGGUAGCAGUUUUCAAAGAACGGGAGCAAAAAGAGAUUGAAGCCAUGCAUUCUCUCAGAGCAGCCAACCUAGCCAAGAUGACAAUGGUGGACCGCAUAGAAGAAGUAAAAUUUUGCAUUUGCCGCAAGACAGCCAGUGGGUUUAUGCUACAGUGUGAGCUCUGCAAGGACUGGUUCCAUAACAGCUGUGUUCCUCUUCCUAAAUCAAGUUCCCAAAAGAAAGGAUCCAACUGGCAAGCUAAAGAAGUAAAAUUCCUUUGCCCUCUUUGUAUGCGGUCUCGAAGGCCCAGGCUAGAGACUAUUCUGUCACUCCUGGUGUCCCUUCAGAAGUUGCCCGUACGGUUGCCUGAAGGAGAGGCUCUGCAGUGUUUGACAGAACGUGCUAUGAGUUGGCAAGAUAGAGCACGGCAGGCUCUAGCCACAGAUGAACUCUCCUCUGCCCUGGCCAAAUUGUCUGUGUUGAGCCAGCGUAUGGUGGAACAGGCAGCUCGAGAAAAAACUGAAAAGAUCAUCAGUGCGGAGCUCCAAAAAGCAGCUGCCAAUCCAGACUUACAGGGACACUUACCUAGUUUCCAGCAGUCUGCUUUUAAUCGGGUGGUGAGCAGUGUGUCCUCUUCUCCUCGACAAACAAUGGACUAUGAUGACGAAGAAACAGACUCUGAUGAAGACAUUCGAGAGACGUAUGGUUACGACAUGAAGGACACAGCCAGUGUGAAGUCCUCUAGUAGUCUUGAACCCAAUCUUUUUUGUGAUGAAGAGAUUCCCAUCAAAUCUGAGGAGGUGGUGACUCACAUGUGGACAGCACCUUCAUUUUGUGCAGAGCAUGCUUACUCUUCUGCUUCCAAGAGUUGUUCUCAAGUAUUUUUUGGGAAAGGUUCUAGCACCCCAAGGAAACAACCUCGGAAGAGCCCUUUAGUGCCCCGGAGUUUGGAACCUCCGGUGCUGGAGUUGUCACCUGGAGCUAAGGCACAACUGGAAGAACUUAUGAUGGUUGGAGACCUCCUAGAAGUAUCUCUGGACGAGACUCAACACAUAUGGCGGAUUUUGCAGGCCACACACCCACCCUCUGAAGACAGAUUCUUGCAUAUCAUGGAGGAUGACAGCAUGGAAGAGAAACCACUAAAAGUGAAAGGAAAGGACUCUUCAGAGAAGAAACGGAAACGGAAGCUAGAAAAGGUAGAGCAACUUUUUGGAGAAGGAAAACAGAAGUCCAAGGAGUUAAAGAAAAUGGACAAACCUAAAAAGAAGAAAUUAAAAUUAAGUGCAGACAAAUCAAAGGAGCUGAAUAAACUGGCCAAGAAACUAGCAAAAGAAGAAGAGAGAAAGAAAAAGAAGGAGAAGGCUGCUGCAGCCAAAGUUGAACUUGUGAAAGAGAGCACUGAAAAGAAGAGAGAGAAGAAAGUGCUGGACAUUCCCUCAAAGUAUGACUGGUCAGGAGCAGAGGAGUCUGAUGAUGAGAAUGCUGUGUGCGCAGCACAGAACUGCCAAAGGCCCUGCAAGGACAAGGUAGACUGGGUACAAUGUGAUGGUGGCUGUGAUGAGUGGUUUCAUCAAGUUUGUGUGGGUGUAUCUCCAGAAAUGGCUGAAAAUGAAGAUUACAUCUGUAUAAACUGUGCAAAGAAGCAAGGGCCAGUUAGCCCAGGUCCAGCACCACCUCCUUCCUUCAUAAUGAGCUACAAACUACCAGUGGAGGAUCUGAAAGAGACCAGUUAGCAGAUGCUUGGUUAGUUUGGGACAUGGGGGGAAAUGGACCACAUUGAGACCUUAGUCAUCAAGUAGAGUGGUUUCUAUCCACUUGGAAUGUUGCUUCCAAAGAUGAAUGGCCUUCAGAGAAAGUCCUCUUAGUGCUGGCUUCCUCUUUGCAUGGACUCGGGGGGUUACAUUCUCUGUCAACAUAUCUAUGCAGAGGGUGUCUUCUUUGGUACAGCAGCCAAUAGUUCAUGUCUCCUUUGAGUGUGAUUUACUGCAUUAAGGCCAGAUGCUUGAUUGAGCUCUAGGGUGGCUGGUUAGUAUUAAUACAUUGGUGUGCUAACAGGGCAUGUAGGAUGUGGCUUUUGUCCAGCUGAUAGUAGUUAGAGACUUACAACUUAGGAACAGCACCAACUGAAGGUGCUAAUUGCUUGGAUCACCUUCACUGGGAUAGUUGGAGAGGGAUUGGAGUACCACUUUCCUUCCACUGUUACCUGGUACUUAAUGCCCUAAAGAUACAACUAGGAGUAACAGGGCCAAAGUUAUUUCUGUUAGACGUCAAGGAAUGGUAUCACAGUCUAUUGACAUCAGCUAUUUGUGCUUGUUUGUGCUAGAAGAACACCCCAAAUAGGAGAACCUCUCAGCUGGGGCAGGUCACCUUUGUAAGGAUGAGGAUGUCAUCUAGAUCAGAAAUCGGACUAGAUUGGAUUCUGGGGAGAAGAACCUGCUACAAGGCAAGGAGCCGUUUUUUGGCAUUGAAAAGUCUUGCUGUCUUGGGUCUACAUUUUAGGGAAGAGCAGGUACAUGGAUUCAGGCCUCUGCCAAAAAAAAAAAGAGAAGAAGAUGACGACGAUGACCAGUCAUACUAUCUUACUGAGCCACAGUGAUGCAUGCUUUUCGGGGAAAACUUCAUUCACAAGUAUUCCAGACACCAGGCUUCAGGCAUGGCCAUGAGCAAGACCAGCAAAUAACAGCUUUUUGCCUUGCAGCCCUGACCCCAAUGUCUGCUGUUUCCAACACUGGCAAUUUCUAACUACGGCCCGCAGCAGAUGCUGUUGAAUAACGCCAUGGCUUCAUCAGAGGAUGCGGGGUUGUAGUACCUCUGGGUGAUGAAGUUGUUUUAGUAAAUCCAUUUUUAAAAAGAAAAAAAAAGGACUUGUUUUUACUUUUUUCUAAAUGUCUCUGACUACUGACUGUUCUAUAAAUAGAUUAUUUUUCCUUUUUUAAUAUACAUAUAUGAAUAUAUAAAUAUAUAUAUUUACUGUUACCAGCAGCAUAUGACAGAGUUUCAACAUCAAAAAUCCAUUUGGGGGCUUGCUUUUUCUUUUUUGCUUUAAAAAAAAAAAUCCCAUUCCUUCCUUGUAGUACAAGGAGUUAGCACUCCCUCCUCCAUCCCAGCCUGACCAGAUCUUCCAUUUUGCUUUUGUUCAUAUAGAUAAUUAUAUGUCCUUUGUAUGUUGGGACUUGUUCCUGUCUGUUGGGAAACUUGGUCUCACUCUAGUCUGUGCUGGCUGUUUUUUCUUUUGUGUGUGAAUGUUUGAAACUAUGGUGCUGUGUCCUCUUCCCUCCUGUUGUGUUCUCUGUUCUUAAGAUUUUAGGUAAGCUGUAUGUAAACUCUUAGUAGAAGGGGACUAAUUUUUUUUUAAAGGACAAAAAAAAAAAAAGACUAAAAAUAGUGUUUUGUCAUCACUGUCUGUCUGGUGUGUUUAUUUUGGUUUAAAAAAAUCUGUGGUUUGACUUAAAUUCAUCAGUUUUCCUUUUAAAGGGGGGAUUGGGGUGGACCUAGCAACGGCUUAUAGUCUCCUUUUCCCUUUUUGCCCCAGUCUCUUUUAAAGAACUGUCUUCUAGUAACUAGAAGUGAAAUGUACUGUCCAGUUACAGUUUGAGUGGGUAUGAGAUUUAACUCAAAAGGCAUCUUACAAAAAAAAAGAAACAUGUUUUCUUAUAAAAUCCAAUUUAUGUAAAUGUUUUCUCUGUAGUUCAUACUACCUACUUUUUAUUCAUUCUUUCCUUAAUACUGUAUAACCUUUUGAGUGUUUUGACUUGUCCAGAGGUUUGUUAGUGUUGCUGUGCAUGUGUCUUGAGGUCUCAUCUCAAGUAAGUUUGUGUAUGAUCCAAGAUUUCAGUGGAUAUUGCAAGGCAACUAAUGAACCGAUUUCAUAAGUUUUCCUUUUGCCAAACUAACGAUUAUCAAUUAAGAAUUUCCUCUGGUUGAUGUUAUACAAGAAAGCACAAUAUUUUUUGCCUUUUGGUCUUCUUUGUAAAAGUCUUCAGAUACUUGUGGGUUAAAAAUUGAAUGUAAUGUUAAGUGACAGAUGCCUGGAAUACAUUUACAAUUUUUAUUUUUCCUUCCUAAUCAUCCAUUAACUAGUCCACCAUCAGUGGCAAGUCAUGAGGAUGCUGAGAAAGUAUGACUAGCUUCCUGUUACCUUCUGACGUUUUGAAACUUAAAUAUGUCUUUUCAUUGAUACUGUGGGAUUUUCUUUAUUUACUUGAAAGUCAUGGAGGAUUUGGUAUGAUUUGACCGCAGGUUUAGACCAAGGCUGAGAAGAACAGAAGGGAGAAAUUAAUGGCAAAACAAAAAAAUAAACAAAUCUGCAGUUUUGGAAUUAAUGAAACAAGAUUGAUCUAUUUAAAGAAAUGUUGGUGUUCUAAUACAAAGCAUUAUUUUCACUUAGAGAAAAUUAUUUACAACGUGCUCUCUUCUGUAUUGUAAUAUUUUGUAUUAAGACAUGAUUUAAAAUGUCUUUCUACCCUUCUUAUCUCCUCUGAACUGCAACUGAAGUUGCAAUUCUUCGUCAUUAGUAUUUUAACCUUGGCAAAGGUUAUAGAAAGAAAAAUGGAAAAAUGGUAGGCCUUUGGUAUUCUUAAAAGCUAAGUCAUUAGAACUAUGCAGAUCCCCAAGUUUAGAAGUACAAAUGUAGCACUAGUAGUUAGCUUUCUAACUAGGGGAGGAGACGGAAGACUUUCCUUCCACAGAUGUUUAUUUUGCUUCCUGAUAGGUCCUGUAGCAAAGCCAUGUUGAUGUGUAGAUGCGGGACUUCCUCACUGAGCUGCUGCACACCAGCUUUGCCUGCAUGAUUCAAAUUUGUGCCUCAGUAAAAUUAUAAAUUAUUGCAUGUCAUACUCUGAAUAAUUGAAAAGGCAAACAUUAAACCUGUGAUUGCCCACAGUGUACUUUAAUAAUAAAAAACAUGGCAGCCAGGUGUACUCCAGUGCAGUGUAGUCAGGAGGCUGAAGUGGGAAGAUUGCUUGAACCUAGGAGUUUGAGUCCUGCCUGGUCAACAGUGAGACCCUGUCUCUCUCUCUCUCUCUCUAACCUUUUUUUUUUUUUUUUUUUAAAAGAAAGGACAAAGGCUGACCUGUAAGAUUAGCAUGAUUUUACCUGUGCUUUACUUCUGUUCUUCUCUACUUUUGUCUUUAGUACGUGUCCAAAAAAUGUCUUUUUGUGCUGCUUAAUUUUUGGAUUCUGGAUGCAAUUCAGUGCAUGUAAAGAAACUACUUGCUUGUCAGUAUUUUAAUUCUGUAGUACAUUUGUGUGAAUAUCAACCAGCACUUACACUAGGAGAAUGAAAAGAAAAACUGAGACAGCCUCUCGUUGAAAGGAUGGGAUAAUCCACUUUUUAAGGGAGAAAGUGACAGUUUGGAGUGGGAUUUGAAAAGUGUAAAUGGUGGAAAAAUUUGAGCUGUUGAAGUCCCACAUAUAACCAGAUUUGAUAAAGUUUCACAUGUGGAUUAGCUUUGUGUGUGUAGAAGGUGCUUUUACAGCAGGUCCUUAAAUACUCCUUUUGAAAUUCCUUUUUUUAAAAAAUCAUACCAUUACUUCUUUGGAUAAGAAUGUCCCAAGUGGUAUCUCAUACUGUAGUAUGAGGAAGAAUGGAUGUUAAUGUAUUGUUUUGAAUUUUGGUCUUCUCUUGUCCUGGAUCAUAUCCAGUCACCACUAUGCAACAAAUGAUGUGCACUGGGCAAGGAUAUGAUGGGUUAUUCAAGCUGUAUCUUGCUUGUUUUUUCUUUUGCAGUACUCCAAGUGGUCUAAACAGGAAUGUCUUGUAAACCUCAAGACUCCCUAUUGAUUAUUCCCUUACAUAUUUAUUUACAAUUUAUCAGGGUAAUUGGUGGUGCCUUAUGAAAAGCAUAACUUGAUUUCUUGAUCUUUGAGCAUGUUUUGUGUUUCUUCUGUUUUCUGAAAGAAUAUUAGAUAUGGUUGAUUGCAUUACAUCUAAAAGAUUUAAAAAUUAUGUGUAUGCUCAGGUUCCCCACACCCACACCCACCCCUACCCCGUGUCAUUUACUUUGGUGGCAACUUUAAAUGGUAACUAAGUAAAAGUACAUUUUGGUAAGGAGUAUUGAUAAUCCUGAGGAAAACUAGUGAGUAUAUGGGAGCCACCUUUAACCUGUGCCAAAGCAGUUUCUAAUUUCAUUUGCUCUCUAACUGCAAAAUAAAGAACUGAGCUGAAAUAAUUUGAUCAGUGGUGUGAUUAGCCUAUUAUCAUUGCUGAGAAUAGUGUUUUUGGAGUGUGAAGUGAUUCCUGAAGAUUUCACCUGCCUUCUGUUUCCAGCAAGAAUCCAGUGAUGACCAACACAUUUCCUCACCUUUGGUUCUUGAGAAGUUUAUCCCUUUGCAACAAACCAUUAAUAGGGAAGACAAGGAAAUGCUUUCCUUUUCUCUUUGGCUUCUUAACCAAUUCAGACCCCACGUUACUUCAGAGAAGCAAAUGGCACCUUUUCCCCAUUGCCAAGGAUCCCAGCUUAUGCAGAUAUGAAGGACAGAUCGUUUCUGAAAAUGUUAAGACUCUGCUUGCUGUGAACUUGGCCUCAAAACAGUUUCAUGAAAUGUGCAGCUCUCUCUGUGUGUGUGUUAGGAGGAGGGCUGGUGGAAAGAGCAGGGGCGGGGGGGAAAUCUGAUUACCUCUUGGGAAAUAAUUUUCUUGCCAACAAAAAGAUACACUUGAAGUUUCUUAAGGUGGCAAAUCCAUUAAAAAAAAUUGUGUUGGACUCUCCCAGUUUAGAUCAAGUAUUUCUUGGGGAUCUUGACAUUGUGGUCGAUACCAGUAAAUGAAAGAUCCAGAAUAUUUUCAUUUAAAGCUCAACCAUGAAUUGGAACAUGGUGAAACAUUUUACACAUUAUAAAAGUAGGGAACAGUACAAAAGAAUGCAAUCAAAUACUAUAUUAUGUAAAUAAACUAGAGUGAUUUUGGAAUUUCACUCUCUUCACUCCUUCUCACUUGUUCUUUGAAGUGUAUUUCUACCUUGGUAGGAAGAAAGACUUGAUUUAAUCUUUCCUUAAAGAUCCAUGAAAUUUCUUUAUUAGGCAGAACUUUUCCCUAGCCUUAUCUCUGGAGCUAGGUUGUGUAUCUUGUCCGUGGGGGGAAAAAGGCACCACAAGAAGAAGCUUUAGAAAUGGCUUGGUGGUCCCACCUUGUGUUAAGGAGCCUUUUUGAAGGUGUCAGGGACAUAGGAUGAAAUCAGAAUUUUCUUUAGUUUCAAAAAAGGUUUUCAGAAGCCCAGAUGAGAACCUUAGAAUUACGUAAUGUAAAGAACACUGGAUUUAGGAAUAAAAUAAUCUGGGUUUUAGCUCUAUGUUUGGCCCCUUAUGUGAGUUGCUUAUCUAUUGUGGACCUUGGUUUCCUACCGUAUGCAAGUUAGUCACAAAGAAACAAGUUAUAGCCCCUCCCCUUGACAGGGUAAGACGUAGAUGAUUUCUAAGGAUGUUUCUUCCUAAAAAGGUUAUAGAAUUUAAAGAUGACAACAGAGGCUGUAUAGUCCAAAUCCCCAUUUAAUGAGAGAAAAAUUGAUUCGGCACUCCUGAGGACAGAACAUACAGUGUCUGUCCUAUUCUUGGAAAAAUCUAAGUAUUGGUCACUAACAUGUAUCGGAGCUUGCCUAUAGUCUUCCCUCUGCUGGGGUCUGAAUUUUGUGGCAUUUUCGAGCACUUUCCCUUUUGCCGUGGGACUAGCAUAUCUGCAUCUCUCUAUUCCAUUCAGUGCUGAACUCCUGGGAGGUAAGGCGAGAGUGUUAGACACAUUUGACAAACCUAGCCUAACCGUUCCGUCAUCUGUGGGCCCCUUCCCUCUGCAGAUUCUGCUGCUCUGUUGAGACUAGCAGCUUUAGUCUUUCUGACCUAGCCCUGCCAUCUCUAACUGGGGCUAAACUUCACUGAGACACAAAACAGCAUAUCAUUCGUGUUGUCUUUGGAACCUUGAAUAACAAUUCAAACUCAUGUCACCUUGGUCACUUCCCAGGACUUGUUUUGUCAUAGAAGCAUCUCGUUCCAGAGUUCAGUUGAAACAUUGAGAGACUGGUUUGAUUCCCUUUGCUUCUCAUCCCUAUAAUGCAUUGCUGCCGUCUGAAAUAAGCCCAUCCAGUCAUCAGGCCUCAAACUGCUACCUGUUUUCCUCAAUUCGUUUUACCGUUGCUGCCGUCCUUGCCAGUUCUUUGCAUUAUAGAGAUUUUCAUUCCCUAUUCCUUUGUAAAUAUGCUUUUCUGCUUUUUCAUUAACUGGAAACGGACUCUCCCUCAGCCAUACUUGCCUUAGGACUCUUUCAAGUGGAGAGUGUUCGUCUUCUCACUUUUCUGCCGGUGAAUGGAUGGACUACAGGGUCUGCUGCCCCUGUGUUCUUGAUCGCCACUGCUACACCGUUGUUCUGUCCCGAGGCUUCUGCUGUUCAGCUGCACCGUCUGUCCUCCUCACCGCCAUCUCUGGUCACUCCCCUUCAUUUAUGGAAGGGACUUUGAUGAUUGAUGGGCAUCUCUUUCCCCAGUGCUGCCAUCAUUCUGGGCAGUUUCAUUAGUCAUGGAUGACCUUAAUUUCUGGACCUCCAUCUCCACUAGUCAUUUUCACUCCAUUUAGCAAACCAGUUUUAAGUCAACACUUUGGACUCAUCAGAAAUUUAUUUUCUGAAAUGUAGAAUCGAUAAUUUCUUCUAUGAUUUUAAUGUCCUUUAAUUUCUUCCUCUCAGUAUACAGUAUACUUAUUCUUUGACCUCAAGAAGCCUCCAGUUCCUUAACCAACCUUCCCCACCCCCCGCACCCCCGUUUGUCAGUUUACUCUGGCUUUACCGCUUCCCCGUUUAGCAUCGACUGUGGCCUGUCGCUCUGGCUCUGCAGAAACUUAUCCCUGGAUCAGUUUGGCUGUCUGACUUCCUUGCUUUCAUGGGCGGCUGCGUACUACUGAGUGUGUCCCAGUGGUUGGUGGCACCACAGAUGGACUUGAGUAGGUAGGUGCUUGAAGCAGUUCAGCGGCCCUGGCCGUCCAGCAACCUCUUCCAUUCUUAAAGACUAUUUCAGAUUUUCACCCCUUGUCAAAUAGCCUGUCACCUCUGCUGCCUCUGCAGAGACCUACCCUCCUAACGGGUAAAUUGAAGCUAACAGGAGAGCUGCUAAGCUUCUUCCUCAGUUAUCUAUAUCAUCCUCAUCUGUCCCAGAGGAGGGGUCUGUCCUGUGGUCAACACUAUGAAAGUAUAGGUGAAUGAGCUAAUCAGUGAAUCCUAUCCCAUUGUAACUCCUUAGAGACCUUGUUCUGUCAGUCAGCCCUUUAUCUUCCGCAUCUUUCAUUCAGCAUAUAAUUUCAAGCUCUGUAUUGAACAGGAGAGCUCAACUCCUAUAUGUUUUCCCUUGAGCCUGUCUCUUUUCCUGUUCUCCUCUUCUUCUUGAAAUGCUACCUCUUCAGAGGCCCCCAUGUUUUCUCUUGCAAUGGCCUGUUCUAUUCCAUUAGGGGACUUUGCCAUAUAUGGCAUGUUUGUGUAAAAGUUCCACGAGAGCCUAGGUUUUGUUUCCUUUAUCUCUCCAUAUGCAGCAACUAGAACAAUACUAUGCGUAAACAUUCAACAGAUAACUUGAAGGAGUGCUGUUUCAUGCCUUCGUUCCUUCCUAUACAUUAUUGCUCCCCUGUUGUUCUCUGUUUGGACUGCCAUAACCUCAUCUGCCUUUUCUCCUUACUACUUUCUCAUUCUUCAAAAUUCAGCUCAUCCCCAAAUUCCUCUGAGAAGUUCUUCAGGUUACUCCUCUCCAUCUAAUCUGAGUUAGAUGUCCUUUCUUGGAGCUCUAAUAGCGUUUAGACUAGACACCGGUCCUCAGAGUGAGGCUUCUGCAUGGACAGCGUCACCGUCAUGUGGGAAUUCAUUAGAAAUGCAAACUAUGAGGCCCUACCCUAGACUUUCUAAAUCAGAAACUGGGAAUGGGGCCAGCAACCUGCGUUUUAACAAGCCCUGAAGGUGACUGUGAUGCAUGCAAAGUUUGAGGACCACUAGAACAUAGUCCCUGUAGAAUACAUCUCCAGGAUCUGACACAACACACAGAACAGGAUUAUUGUGAAGAUCUUCCUUAUAAAGACCUGAAGUCUAUCUUCCUGUAGCCUCAUCCAUCCUAGUUGAGCAUAUGAAAAACUAGUUCAGUUGCAUCUCUGUUCGGCAGCCUUACAGCAUUUGAGGAUAGUGGUCAUCUCUACUUCUGCACCUCUCGUCCCCAGCUCCUCUGGUUUAAUAUCUUUUUUUUUUCUCAUGUGCUCUAACUUUGAAUCCCUUCACUUUCCUCAUUGGGCUUCUCUGGACAAUUCCAACUUACUUCAUAUCCAUCUUAAAUACAUAUUCAAAAUACCCUUUUAGCUUUUAACCUACAGCUCUGAAAGGUGGAACUAUACAUGUCUAUAAUCACCCCAGCAAGACAGAGUUCACAAUGAACAUAGAAUUCCAUUUGUACAGUUGGAGGUGUUCCCAGGUGGGUGGAUUGCUUGAGGUCAGGAGUUCAAGACCAGCCUGGCCAACAUGGCGAAACCUCGUCUCUAGGAAAAAUACAAAAUUUAGCCGGGCAUGGUAGCGCUCGCCUGUAAUCCUAGCUACUCGGGAGGCUGAGGCACGAGAAUCAAUUGAACCCAGUAGAGGCGGAGGUUACAAUGAGCUGAGGUCACGCCACUGCACUCCAGCCUAGGUUUCAGUGGGAGACUCUGUCUCAAAAACAAACCGAAGCUGUCGCUCCCAUCCUAGACCAAUCUAAUUGCAAGUAUCUCACAGGGAGCCCAAGUAUCAAUGUUUUUCUGUGCGGCUUAUUUUAAUACAUGAUUUUAGCAAAUUUAAAGAAUUUGUGCAACCCUUACCACGUCAUACAAACUUCAGAAUGUUUCCAUCACCCACAAAGAAACUUCAUGUCUAUUUGGUCAAUCCCUGUUUCUACUCCCAGCCCUAGGUGACCAUUAGUCUGAGUCUCUCUAGAGUUGCCUUUUCUAGACCUAAACAUCAGGAUUUUGUUUUUCUGCAGUCAGAAUUGAGAACCGUAGUUCUGAAUGCAUCAUGAGAGACAAUGAUUUUUAAGGAUUAUGUAGAAUAAGUAUGUUUUACGUAUUUUCAUAUUUAUGACUCCCAUCCAUACAGUGAAUGCAUCUAUCACCAGUAAGACAAAGAUCAUUAAUUUGAUAAUGGAACUUAAUAGACCAUUCUACUAUUUUCCUUUUCUACAUUUUACUAUCGUAUUCAAAAUGGCCUCCCAUUCUCUCCCAGGUUAUUUUAAAACAUCUCCAGUCUGCUUUUUUCCCCUUUAGCUCAUAAAUGAAUAGUGCUGGAUGAUAUCUUAGGAGCAUUUUCCCUGAGAUAAUGUCUUCGGUAAUGAUUGCACGUAUUGGUGUUGAUUCCAUCCUUGAAGUUAUUUUCCUUUAUCUUUCUCAUUGGUGUUUCUUCACUAGAGGUUUUGCUGUCUGAUUAACUUAUCUGCCAAAUAAAUGGACUUUUGCUUCAUAGGUACACAAACAUUUCUAAAACUUUUUUUGGAAAAUAUAUUUUUUUUUAAAAAAACAAAUAGCGCAUGCACAUUUAAAAAAGAAAGAAAAAAUAUCCCAAAAUGACCAGUUAAGAUUUACUUUCAGACAACUCCGUGCAUAUUUACAUAUGCUUCUAUACAACCAUGUACACCUUUGCGUAAAUGAGACCACACUCUACGUACUGCUUUGUAAUUUGCUUCUUUCACUUAAUACUGAGAACAUUUGUACGUGACCAUAGAUAUAGAUUUGUAUUGUUUUUAAUGGCUGUAUAGUUUUGCAUUAUACUGAAUCUUAAUGAUGUUUAAGAGCUAUGUAUAUUGAGGACAUUAUUUCUUUGUUUUGUGUUGCAAAUUUUUGACCAUGUUGUUAUUAGUCUUUUAACCUUAUUUAUAGUUUUUUUUUGUUAUAAAAGUUAAGUUUUAUGAUGUAAACUUAAUCUUUUUGAUUUUAUAAUUCCUGGUUUUCCUGAUGUGCUUAGAAUGACCUUCCCUACUACAAGAUAAUAAAAAUACCUCCAUGA